AUGGACGUCUUUGUCGAAAGCAUGCUGCUGCGUGCUGAGCCUGACGACCCAGUGUCAACGUCGACAUUCACCGACGAGCUUACCAAAGGACGGCCAGCAAAGAGACUGAAACGGGACGAAUCAAGUGGCCAAAACUCGCCACUCGAAAGGUCGGAUGAAUCUUCGUCGGAUGGGUGUCCGCCGAGGAGAAGGGGGAGUGAUGAAGGCGUCGACGAUGACGAUUUCGAGCAGCGAAUCGAUGGAACCACGGAGGUGGAGAACGUUCUACCCCCCACACAAACGGAUGACAAGGCGAUUGCAGAAUAUGAAAUGGAAAGCUUAAAAUCCUCCCAAAAGAAUGCUGUCGGGGAUGAGGGCGCAAUCACAGACAGGAAAGCGCCGUUGUGGGUCAAAGGAAGAAGCUCCAUCUACGUCGACGCCUUCAAUCUCGCGUUGGACACCGUGCUGGAAGAGGAGGCGCACCUUUUUGACGACAGAGAAACGGAAGUGUUCCGGCGGUGGAAGCAAUUGAACUACGAGACACAAUAUCUCCGGCUCGGAUAUUAUGCCGAUGUUUCGGAUCCGGAAGCGGCGGUCAGGUCGCUUCAAGAAGUAAGGCAGCUCCCGGUGUCAAGCACACCUGAUACUGAAGUAGACGUCACCCCGGGACUCCACCUGGACGAGUCCCGGCUUCCGGAGAGGUUUACUUUCGCCGACGCAUCCGACGAUCAUAUAUCCACCCUUAAAGAGGCAGCUGCAUUGCUCUAUCUCGACGAGCUCAAAGCUUUUGGAAAGGAGGCCAAGAUACAGGGGCGGAACAAAUCCGAACUGAUCAAGGGCCUCUGUCGCACGAGCCAGCAGCAAACGGGGUUGACGGUGCUCGGGCUUGGCAGACAAAACAGUCGCGAUGACGAUGAGAAUGGGACCGAAGCGUCGAAAGGCCUGCCAUCCAUUAUGAGGAGAGAGGACUCAAGUCGAGAACAGCACUUUCUGAAGAAGAUGCUCGAAGUUCUCGGACCGUGCAUACGGCUGUCGCCAUCAACAUUUCAUCUCUUCGAGCGCGUGCAUUUGAUCUUCUACAGGUCAACCGAAUGGACAGAAAAGUCGCUCACGACAAUUAUUUUGUCGAGAAUCGCUCGAAGGAACUUUCCCGAGUACAUUGUCUGCCGCACGUCGAACAUUUUUGCAUGCCGCACGCACGUGCUCGAGUUCGAGGCUGCGAUCCGGUUGGAGGCCGAAGUGGAUGCUAUACUGGAGUCCAACGGGCCGCCGAGCGAAGCCGACUUGCAACGGAUUGUGGAAGUUCAUGAAAAGGUGUAUCCGCGGUGGCAGAUGCACGUGUUGGAGGAGAAUGAGAAGGAGCGGACGGUGUACGAAGCGGGCGAGGGCGCGUAUCUGAGGCGGUUCAACCCAGCGCACUCGUACACGCGCAUCAUGCUGAAGGCCAUGUAUGUUUUUGGACGACGAAAAGCGCAUCUGGAGGAGUACCGCUUGCUCAGCAAGCUGCUGGACCAGAAGCUUUUCCACAUCAGCCGACGAGGCGGCUGGUAUCAACGCAAGGCACUUCUGGAAGAACACUACAUGGCUAGCCUCGACGAAGAGGCGGCUUCCAUGGACGUCGAGCUUCUGAAGAAGCGCUGGAGAAGAGCGGCGGUGUCGACGUGCGAAGCUGGCCUUCAAGACCCGGACUGCCACCUAAUCCACCACUACGACCUCCAGAAGCGAUUGGUGAAGCUGGAGAGGAAGCUGCGGAUCCCCCGGCGGCUCCAGCACGACUUUGGUCACGUCCGUCUAGCUCGGCCGGUCGAAAUUACGGUCGAAGGCAUCCAGCUGAAGCGGGAGUUGGUCCCCAAGCCGGGCGCUCUCGGCGUCAGCACCAAAACCGUGUGGCUCGACAAGCUUGGCUCCGAGGGCGAGUGCAGCGUCGAAGAGAUGUGUCUGAGCCACUUUCGAUCCGAAGGCUGGAAGGGAUAUCACGCCGAGGGGGGUGUAAUCCGUACGGUCUUUGCCUAUCUCUUCUACGACAUCCUGUUCCUCUACAUCCCGAACGUGUUCCAGACGGCGUACCAGACGUGCCCGCUGGACCUGCACACGGAUGCCUUCUUCCCCGCGAGGGCAUCGGAGAUCAACCACCGGCUCGUGGAGAUUGCCAACGGCUCGGCCGAGCGGCUCGUACGCAACGUCUGGGAGAAGGAGCACUCGAGGCGGACGGCGGUAGUCGGCCUCGACUGGGACUUUGACGUGGAAGACAUCGCCGAGCUGGUGCGGUGCUUCGAAGGGAGCGCGCUGGCGGCCAUCUGCAGGGUCAUGGCGCAGGAAUACAAGCACCGGGGGGGAGGGGUACCGGACCUGCUGCUCUGGCGCGUGUCCGGCCGCGGCGGCGAGGUCAUGUUCGCCGAGGUCAAGAGCGCCAACGACCGGCUGAGCGACACGCAGAGGCUGUGGAUUCACGUACUCACGGGCGCCGGGGUCAAGGUAGCGUUAUGCAACGCCGUGGCCAAGGAAGUACGAGAAGUGGACUAG